UUUUUACUCAUGAUUUGUGUCAGGCGCAGAUAAACUUACCGCCUCACCAUGAUGGUCACAUAUCCGUUCACCCUGAAUUCUUCCAUAGGACUUAAAACAGAUGAUCUCGGAUGUGAAGUCACUAUCCUCGAAGCAUCUCCCUCCCUCAACUUCACAACGAAGCAUGGCUUCUGGUCCCGCUGCGGCAACCUACACUCACCUGCUACAUUCAACACUAUGGUACAGGAACACCUGCGUGUAUUUCACAAGAGACAACUCGGAUUUCUUGCUGCUAUUUAAUAAAGCUAAUGGACAACCUCAGAAUAUCGGUGCCUUGAGUGCUUACCCGUUCGCACCUUACAUGGCUGAUGGCCUGGGUCGGUGCUUCUCAAUUAUCUUUGGUGCAAAUUUGAUAAUUGCCUCCACUGUGACCCAGACUGCCAGUAGUUCUUUGUAGAUGUUCAUCGGAGUCCAUUUCUUGGUCGGUUUUGGUCAAACAUUCGCAACGACUGCAGCCCCACUCCUUAUCGCUGAGAUUGCAUAUCCUUCCCAU